UUCAGUCCGUCUCAAAACCCUAAAAUAUCAGACAAUUGUUUUGGAAGAGAUCUUAUGGCAACAACACGGAGAGACAAGUACGAGGAGGAAGAGGCCCAGAUCCCAAAAACAGAGUUAGUUGAGUCAGACAAAAAAAAAGUUGCCGAGAGAUCCACAAGCAAACGUGACAAACAAGUUAUUUCCAAGAAAUAUCCGAAUCUGACAAGGGAACAGAAGAAAGUGAAGGAUAGUUACUUUUUUUGCUGUGAGAAUUUCUAUAGCCUUCCUGAGAUGAUCAGUUACAUGAAGGUGAAUCAUGGUUUGCCAAAGACCACAGUGACAAAUGUUUUCAGGGAGCUUUUAACCGGCCGCAAUGCAGAAGCAUAUCUCAGAGUUUCACAGAAAAGAGCUCUUGAGAGGAGUAAUAAUGGUACGAGUGGUGGUGUGGGUUCUUCUUCGACAAAUUUUCCUCUAAGGAGAAGAAGAGCUAGCGCCAUCGUUCUGAGGAGGAGCAGUGCUUGUAGUUGCGGCAUCACUUGCAGGAGGAGUGCUAACAGAAGUGCUUGUACUUGCGGCAUCACUUGCUGGAGGAGUGCUAACAGAAGUGCUUGUACUUGCGGCAUCACUUGCUGGAGGAGUGCUUGCAGGAGGAGUGCUCGCAGGAGGAGUGCUCACAGAAGUGCUUGCAAGCCUUUCGCGUUCCAUCUGCCUUACUCUGGAGUGGUGUUGCGAUGCUCUCAGAUACUUUUCAGCGUUUUGACUUCUCAGCAUCUCUCUGAAAACGUCUGUCACCUGUUUUGCUGUGACCUGGCCCGGGUACCUGGUUGUCAUGUACUCGAUCAACUCCGGUAAGGUGUAAAACUGUCGGCAGCACGAGAGGUAGCUAUCCCUUAUCCAUGAUUGGUCCCAUUGUGAGAUGAUUGGUAGCUUGACUCUGCGUGUUACUCUGGCCCUAAGACAGGAGCAAUUACCAUAUUAGUUUGCAAUAUUCAGAUCUGCUAAGGCUUGUGCUGUCACGAAAAGAAAGUUUGAUCAGAUCAACAUAUCAGUGAAUCUUACCGAUGAAGUACCCAACAGCAUCAUCGUUACUUGACGAAGAAGCUCCUUUCCUAUCCUUCCCUUUCUUUCUGCCACUCGUUGUAUGUCCUGAAACUUUCCAGAAUCGCAAUAAAC